AUGGGUUCAGUAGAGUUUAUUAUUAAAGGUGGUCGUAUAAUAAAUCCAAGCACGGGUGUCGCUUGUGUGGGAGAUGUUGGACUUAAAGGUGGGAAAAUCGCCGAAAUAGAUUUCAAUUGUUCUUUGUCGCUGAACAAUCCGUCGGAUGUUUUCGACGCCAGUGGGUGCAUUGUGACUCCUGGUCUCAUCGAUUUGCACGUGCAUGCAUACGAACAUGCGACACCCCUCGGGAUCAACGUGGAUGCACACUGCCUCACGCGCGGAGUGACAACCGUUGUUGAUGCAGGCAGUGCAGGUGCAGCAACGUUUGCUGGUUUGAGAAAGUUCAUUGCAGAGGUGAGCAAGACACGAGUGUUGGCAUUUCUACACAUCGCAAACCACGGCUUGGCAUCUGCGGGAUGCGCUGGUUUAGUUCCCGGCGGUGAAAUCGACUCUCUGGUCCAGGCGGACGUGGAACAGUGUGUGAAAUGCAUCGGCGAUAAUCGAGACAUGAUCGUCGGAGUGAAGCUGCGACUUGCCAGGGCAAUAUCUAACGACGGAGCGAACGAGGAAGAAGCGUACAGGCGUGCCCGGGAAGCUGCUGGUAAAUGCGGAGUCCCGCUGAUGGUUCACCACGCCUUUUCCACAGUCCCUGUUAAUUCCACGGAAGGUCGAUCAAGCUGCCCAGGUAGUUUAAAAUCUGGAGACAUCUACACCCAUUGUCUUCAUGGCAAUAACGGAACUAUGGAACUGCAGACGAGGACAUUUUUACCAGAAGUCGUUGAUGCAAAGAAAAGAGGAAUUCUGUUUGACACUGGCCACGGACGAGGAUCUUUUAACUGGAAUUUCGCCGAAUCCGCGGCAAAACUAAAAGACUGGCCAGACACGAUUAGCACAGAUUUGCACACCGAGAGUUUGCCUAGUCCCGCGUAUGACCUUGUCACAGUGAUGACUAAAAUGUUGCACGUGGGUAUGCCACUUUAUGACGUCAUAGCUGCCGUGACGUCGACUCCCGCGCGUGCGAUAGGUUGGGAGAAAGUGAUAGGAUCGCUGGAAGUGGGAAGGGAAGCAGACAUUACUGUGAUGAGAUUGGAAGACUGGGAUGUUAAGCUGGAAGACUGCCACAAUCAGCUGCGUACAAUAGAGAAGAAACUCGUACCCGUUGCUGUCUGGAGAUCAGGGGUGAAACAUCCUAUUGUUGAACACAUAAAGUGUCCCAAUCCAGAAGUAGCCGCAACCCUGGCUGGCAUUUGGCAUGACCAAGUUAUGAGAGAUGAAACAAUGCCGCCUAACUCGGUUUAGACAACAUGGAUAGCUCUAAAUAAUAAAAAAAAAAAUUAAAGAAAGAAAGAAAAAGCUAGAAGAAACGUUUUAAACUGCCUAAAUAAUUAUUAAGAGAAAAAAAGAAAAGAAGAAAGAAAUAGAAAAAAAGAAGAAAAAACUAUUUUAAAAAUUGAAUGUAAGCUACUUAUUAUUUAAUAUGUUAUUAUUAUUAUUAUUAUAUAUUUUUACCGUUGUAGAGUACUGGACAAUAUUUAUUUUAGUUUUUCUUGCUAGGAUAUUAUUAAACAUUCAUUUAUUGUUGUCACAUCGCCAAAUGAUACAGCAAUGAGUCAAGGGACAUAACUACAGUUACCAAAACUUUUCAGAAGGAUAAAUUAUUUGUCUCCCUUGGAUAACUCGUAUUUUCGUAAAUUCAAUGAAUGAAUGAAUGUUUGACACCCCAGCCCGAAAAAUACAUCUAUUAUUGGGCGUCAUAACUAAGCUAAAUGCAAAAACGCAGUCAUCAUCAACAUCAAUAUAAAAAUCAACGAUUAAAAUAAAACACAGUGUAAAGAACUGUGUCGUAAAUUCAAAUGAAAAUUGGAUUGGCCCCCUCGGUGGACCCAUUUUCUUACUAAUCUUAUUUUAAACACUGCUGAUAAAAAUAAUGUGCUGACACUACUGAUUAAGUAAUGUGCUGACACUGCCGAUUAAGUAAUGUGCUGACACUGUCGAUUAAAUUAUGUGCAGACACUGCUGAUUAAGUAAUGUGCUGACACUGUUGAUUAAAUAAUGUGCUGACACUGUCCAUUAAAUAAUGUGCUGACACUGUUGAUUAAAUAAUGUGCUGACACUGCCGAUUAAAUGUGGUGACAUUGAUUAAAUGAUGUGCUGACACUCCUGAUUAGGUGUGCUGACAGUGCUGAUUAAAUAAUGUGCUGACAGUGCUGACUGAAUGUGACAACACUCCUAGUUAAAUGAUGUGCUGACACUAAAGAAGUACCAGGAAACAAAUACAGUCAAUUGUAAGAAAUAAUAACAAAUGAUUAAGUUCAUAUACAUUUUUUAUUUAAUAGAUAAAUGUUAAUAAUUCAGACAAAAUGCUGCAAGAACCAGCUUGCCAAUGUCAGAUCAAGAGAACCUUGUGCAUAGUAGUCAUAAAUAGAAAUAAAUGUUAUCAACCCAUAAUAUACAUGUAUUAUACAGGUGCUAUUGCUAGAAUAAUGUCCAUUCUAAUAUACUUUCUUAUCAAAAGUCAAGGGGGAGAGAGAGAGAGAGAGGCAGACAGAUGGAGAGAGAGAGAGAGAGAGAGAGAGAGAGAGAGAGAGAGAGAGAGAGAGAGAGAGAGAGAGAGAUGAUUAAGACAGAAAUAGACCGAGACAGCCACAGAAAGAGUUAGUGAUGGAGAGAGAUUGAGAGAGAUACCAUAUGUAAAAUAAAAUAUAUACAGAUUUCAUAUAUACACAUACAAAACAUAGUAUUAUAUUUUUAUAUUACACAAUACUAGUAUAUCAGCAAGGCAAAAUGGUUUUCAGUUCCAUAUACAUGUACCAUAAUGUAUGUAUAACAAUGUCUAAAAGUGUCAAGUAGACAUUGAAAUACAAGUGAAUCUCUUAUAAAGGGCAUCUUGUAUAUAAGGACCACCUGUCAAUAAUUAUAGGCACUUAGAUAUAUUCCUUCUGUAAAUAAAUUCAUGUACAUGUACUGGUACAUUUAUUUUACCUUAUUUGAAAGUCACCUGGACAUAAAAGCAACUUUGUGUGUUGGCAUCUUUGUAUGUAUAGGUUUAUGUAUACAUUAUAUGUAUGACUAAGGCACUCUAAUGUUUAAACAGUUCAAUCAUACUAGUAUUAUACAGUAAAACCCCUCUAAACCGGACAUCCUUGGGACCAAGACAAAUGUCCAGUUUUAGGAGGGAUCCGGUUUAGAGAGGUUAAGUUCUGUCCUGGUUUUUAAAAAGGGACUGGGUAAAACGUCUGGUUUUGAAGGAAUUCAGGUUUACAGAGGGUCCCGUUUUGAGAGGUUUCACUGUAAUUCGAUAUAAUGGAUCAAGGUGUACUAAUGAACAUAUACAUUCAUAUUCAAAUUUUUUUCAAGCACAUUUGUUCUGGGCACACGUUCAAGUAUCACUAAAGAUUUUUAUGUGCGAUAUAUUUUAAAGUUGCAGACCCAAGUUUCAAGCCAUGAAAACGGACACUUAUGUUUGGUUAAUGUACAAACCUGUAACACAUUUGGAUAAAGUUAGAAUAGAGUGAAACAAGAAUGUGUGAUGUUUAGACAAGGAUAUACUGUAAAUGUUAGUGAAUUUAGCGAGGUCAUGCAAGACGCUAAUAUUUGAUGAAGCUAAAUUUAAAGAAACAUAAAAACUGUUCCGAAAAG